AUAUUGAACUCGUAAGUCUCACAAAUAAAUGCAUCAAAACUAGUGUGAAAGAAACAUUAAAUCAACCAUGUCAUCAGCUAUAACUUUGAAAGGUUGUUACACUGUGAAACCAAUAGAACCAACAUGGAGUGGCUGUAUAUCAUUAACAGAAUGUGAUCAAGUUGGAUUCAUGACCCAUGUUCCACUUCUUUACUUUUACCGCCCCCCACAAAACUGGCUUACCUCCCCCACUAAAAUUGCCACCAUUUUGAAACACUCACUAAGCAAAGUUUUGAUGCAUUUUUAUCUACUUGCUGGUCGUUUACGAUCGAAAGAAAAUUCUCGUUUUGACUUGGAAUGCAACGCAAAGGGUGUUGAGUUCAUUGAAGCAGAAUCCUCAUCAACAUUAUCUGAUCUAGGUGACUUUUCACCUUCUUCAAACAAUUACUAUCGUUACCUUUUCCCGCAUGUUGACUACACGCUCCCAAUUCACGAGCUUCCUUUGCUUUUGAUUCAACUCACCAAAUUCAAAUGUGGUGACAUUAGCAUUAGUGUGUUAAUCUCACAUGCUGUUGUCGAUGGACAAAGUACGUCGCAUUUUCUCAAUGAGUGGGCUCAGCUUGCACGGGGAGAGCCUUUGAAAAGGGUUCCAUGUCUUGAUAGAACCAUGUUACAUGAUAAGAAACCAUGCAAUAGUGUUAAUGAGUGGAAGUUUAAUGAACCUCCGGUUUUGUUGGGAAAUUCAGAUGGUAAGGUUGAAGAAAGCAAGAAAAAAACAAGGGUGGAAAAAAUCAAGUUAAAUAAAGCACAAGUUGAAAAGUUGAGAAAAAUAGCGAAUGAGAGUUGGAAUAAACAUAGUAAUGAUCGAGGUUUUUCAAGAUAUGAAACGAUAGCCGGUCAUAUGUGGAGAAGUGCAUGUAAAGCUAGAGGGCAUAAAAAUGAGCAACCAACCAUGCUAGGUGUCAUUGUUGACUGGAGAAGUCGUGUGAAACCUAGUUUACCAAAAGAGUAUUUUGGAAAUGCUGUAUAUGAUCUAAUGGCUACUAGUCUUGCUGGUGAUUUGAUCUCUAAGCCAUUAGGGUAUGCUUCAAGUAAGAUAAAGGAAACAAUUGAGAAAAUGAAUGAUGAAUAUGUGAGGUUGAUGACUGAGUACUUAAAGAAGCUAGAUGAUUUGACUAACUUUCAAAAUCUUCAUGAGAUUGUGAGUGGUAAUAUUGUGCCUUUUUAUCAAAAUCCUAAUUUAGGAGUGGUUAGUUGGUUGACAUUGCCAUUUCACAGACUUGAUUUUGGAUGGGGGAAUGAGCUUUAUAUGGAGCCAGGAAUACAUGACAUGCUUGAAGGAGAAUCAUUCAUUCUUCCUAGUUCUCAUGAUGAUGGAUCUUUGAUGAUUUAUAUUUGCUUGCAAGAGGUCUAUAUGGAUGCCUUUAAAAGACAUUUUUAUGAAGAUCUUGAGCUGGAGACUCUAUCAAAGUUGUAAAAUGAAUGUUUUGAAAACAGCAGGGAGUAUCUGUAUUUGUAAUAUUUAAUUAUUUUGUUUUAGUAUAAAUUUGUCAUUCAAAAAGGAGCUUGGACUAUUAUUUUGUGUACUAGAAAAAUAGUAAUUUACCUCUAGCAAGAAAUCAAAUCAUGAUGAAAUAUUUUAUGAUUUACCGAUCGAUAACUAUGAGAGC